AUGCUCUCGCCUAGUCAAACCGACAUGCUCCUGGAGUACAAGAUGAGGAACCCCACGACCCAAAGCGUCGGCACCCUUGACCAAGAUCGCAAAGUCCCCGACAAAGACCGCAACACGCCCAACGAAGAAUUCAACGCACCUGGCAAAGACUUCAAUGCAGUCAGCAACGACGGCAUGACCACUCUCGAGAUCAAACAUCAGAUCCUAGGCGAGCAUUCCUAUAGACUACAUUCUCCCGCUGGCGAAACCAACAGUAUCCCCCCUGUGGCCAAUGCCACAAGCCUGUGGCCCAUGCUCCAGGGAAUCCAUCUCGACAACAACAAACCACGACCGACCCUCGACGUAGUCACACUCAACAAAGGACUCCGAGUUCAUUGCCGCCGUCUGUUAUGA